AUGACCGCUACUGUCAACGACAUCGAGCAGAAGCUCUCUGGCGUCUCCAUUGGUAACCAGUCCAACGGCGGCGCUCGUCCGGCUUACGUUCCCCCCUACCUUCGCGCCCGCAAGGCCGCCGAGUCUGUUACUGGACCCGCUCCCACCAAGCAGUUCAACGGCGCUGCGCCCACCCCGACUCCCGCUGGUAACGGCUACCGCCCGUCGCCCACGGGUCUCCCCACCCCUGCCCCGACUCCUGUCCCGCAGGGCUCUUACGUUCCGCCCAGCCAGCGCAACGGCAACGCCGGUGGCGACCGCAACGACGGCGCCAACGGCUGGGGCGCUCCCCCUCGUGGCCCUCCCAGCGGCGGCAGCCGCUUCGAGCGUAACCUCCCUCCUGGCGUCGGUGCCUUCCGCGACGGCAAGCACAUCCUCGGUUCGCAGAACCCCCGCCUUGAGAAGGAGCUUUACGGCGAGGAAGGUGAUGGUACUCAGCAGUCGACCGGUAUCAACUUUGACAAGUAUGCCGACAUCCCCGUUGAGGCUACCGGUACGGGUGUCCCCGAGCCCGUGACCGAGUUCCUCGCGCCCAUCGACCCGGUUCUCCUUGAGAACAUCAAGUUGGCCCGUUACACUACCCCCACCCCCGUCCAGAAGUACUCGAUUCCCAUCGUCGGACAAGGUCGUGACCUUAUGGCCUGUGCUCAGACCGGUUCGGGCAAGACUGGUGGUUUCCUCUUCCCCAUUCUGUCGUCGCUGUUUUCCUACGGCCCUUCGGCUCCCCCUCCGGACAACUCGUUCAGCUCGUCUUACAGCAGACGCAAGGCGUACCCCACUGCGCUUAUCCUCGCGCCUACCCGUGAGCUUGUCUCGCAGAUCCACGAGGAGGCUCGCAAGUUCGCCUACCGCUCGUGGGUCCGCCCCGCCGUCGUCUACGGUGGUGCCGACAUCGGUCAGCAAAUCCGUCAGCUCGACCGUGGCUGCGACCUUCUUUCCGCUACCCCCGGUCGUCUUGUCGACCUGAUCGAGCGUGGCCGCAUCUCGCUCGCCAACGUGAAGUACCUCGUUCUCGACGAGGCCGACCGUAUGCUCGACAUGGGUUUCGAGCCCCAGAUCCGCAGAAUUGUCGAAGGCGAAGACAUGCCUGGUGUCCAGGACCGCCAGACCCUCAUGUUCUCGGCCACCUUCCCCAAGGAGAUCCAGAUGCUUGCCCGCUCCUUCCUUAAGGACUACAUCUUCCUGUCGGUUGGCCGCGUCGGCUCCACUUCGGAGAACAUUACGCAGCGCAUCGAGUACGUCGAUGAGCACGACAAGCGCUCGCUUCUUCUCGACCUACUCCUCGCCGAGCAGUCGACUGGUCUUAUCCUUGUCUUCGUCGAGACGAAGCGGAUGGCUGACUCGCUCUGCGACUUCCUUUGCUCGCAGCGCCACAACGCCACCUCAAUUCACGGUGACCGCACUCAGCGUGAGCGCGAGGCUGCCCUUCACGCUUUCCGGACUGGCCGCGCACCUAUCCUCGUCGCCACUGCUGUCGCUGCCCGUGGUCUUGACAUCCCCAACGUCACCCACGUCAUCCUCUACGACCUUCCCACCGACGUGGCGGAGUACACUCACCGUAUCGGUCGUACGGGUCGUGCCGGCAACACUGGUACUUCCACCGCUUUCUUCAACCGCAACAACCUUGCGAUUGGUCGUGACCUCAUCGACCUUCUUAAGGAGGCGAACCAGGAUGUGCCUCAGUGGCUCGUGGACAUCUCGCAGGAGCGCUCCUUCGGCGGUGGUGGUUACGGCCGUCGCGGCGGUGGUGGCCGUGGUGGCGGCGGUCGCUCGGGCGGUCGUGACGCUCGUAGCGGCGGCGGCUUCGGCGGCGGCUACAGCGGCGGUGGCAGCAGCGGCGGCUUCGGCGGUCGCAGUGGCGGCUACGGCGGUGGCUAUGGUGGCGGUGGUGGUGGUGGCUACGGCGGUGGCGGUGGCUACGGUGGCUACGGCGGCGGCGGCGGUAGCGGAUUCCCCCCUGCAUCUGGCUCGUCGGGUGCCAGCUGGUGGUAA